ACUGCUCGGUUGGUUGUUGUGGGCAGGGCUGCCGGCCAGGCCCUCGGCUGGAGGAGGGAGUGAGCCCUGGGAGUGGAGCUGGCUGUCUCCUCAUGCCAGUGCCGACAGGAGGCUUUUUGGACACACCGAUUAUUCACACCAGCCUCCCCCUUUUGUCUGCCAGUCCAGCCUGCCUCCUUGAGAUUGUGAGUAGUUCUAUCUAGCCUGGGAAGCAAGCAGGACGGCUGAGCCAGGCCACACCCGGAGCGCCCAACAGGCCCAUGUUGUGGCCAGAGCCCUCCUCCAGGCUGGGGGGCCACCGGCCCGGCCUCCUGCCCGUGCUCCUGGCGCUGGCCCUCCUUGGCACGGCCUGGACAGAGGCGCGGCUACUCCCGCUGCAGGAGGAUCAGGCUCUAACACCUGGAGCCCUGAGCAGUAAGGAGGCGUUCCUGCUCCUCUCCGUUCAUAACCGUCUGCGCAGCCGGGUGCAUCCCCCCGCAGCCAACAUGCAGAGAAUGGACUGGAGUGAGAGCCUGGCCCGAUGGGCUCAGGCCAGGGCGGCCGUCUGCGGUGCCCCAGCCCGGAACCCUGCGUCAGCACCUCGGGCCACGCAGCAGGUGGGCUGGAACGUGCAGCUGCUGCCCGCGGGCUCGGCGUCUUUCGUCGGCGUGGUGGGCCUGUGGUUCGCAGAGGGGCGUUGGUACAGCCACGCGGCAGCCCAGUGCGCCCGCAACGCCACCUGCAGCCACUACACUCAGCUCGUGUGGGCCACGUCGAGCCAGCUGGGCUGUGGGCGGCAUCAGUGCUCUGGGGCCCAGGCAGAGACGGAAGCCUUCGUCUGUGCCUACUCUCCCGGAGGCAACUGGGAGGUAAACGGGAAGACAAUCGUCCCCUAUAAGAAGGGCUCCUGGUGUUCGCUCUGCACGGCCAGUGUCUCCGGCUGCUUCAAAGCCUGGGACCACGCAGGGGGGCUCUGUGAGGUCCCCAGGAACCCAUGUCGCAUGAGCUGCCGGAACCGUGGCCAUCUCAACAUCAGCACCUGCCACUGCCGUUGUCCCCCCGGCUACACAGGCAGAUACUGCCAAGUGCGGUGCAGCGUGCGGUGCGUGCAUGGCCGGUUCCGGGAGGAGGAGUGUUCCUGCGUCUGUGAUGUCGGCUAUGGGGGAGCCCAGUGUGCCACCAAGGUGCACUUUCCCUUCCACACUUGUGACCUGAGGAUCGAUGGAGACUGCUUCCUGGUGUCUUCGGAGGCAGACACCUACUAUGGAGCCAAGAUGAAAUGCCAGGGAAAGGGCGGGGUGCUAGCGCAGAUUGAGAGCCAGAAAGUGCAGGACAUCCUCGCCUUCUACCUGGGCCGCCUGGAGACCACCAACGAGGUGACUGACAGCGACUUUGAGACCAGAAACUUCUGGAUUGGGCUCACCUACAAGACCACCAAGGACUCCUUCCGCUGGACCACAGGGGAGCACCAGUCCUUCACCAGUUUCGCCUUCGGGCAGCCUGACAACCAGGGUUUUGGCAACUGUGUGGAGUUACAGGCGUCCGCCGCCUUCAACUGGAACGACCAGCGCUGCAAAACCCGAAACCGUUACAUCUGCCAGUUCGCUGAGGAGCACAUUUCCCGGUGGGACCCGGGACCCUGAGACUCGGCCGUGCCCCCCGCUGCCAGCGCCUGGAUGCGCAGCCGCUCUCGCCCAGCUGCCCACCUGUCUGGAAUAAGGGCCAGGCCAGGACUGCAAGCCAGCAUCCACAGACGUCUCAGAGAGACCCGGCAGGAAGGGGGGCAGGGGGUACAAGUCAGGCCCAGAGGGAGUCUGCCAUAGGGGGAGGGGAGCCGGGGCCCCUCAGCCUGCUGUUGAUUGGGAAGGUGGGUGUCAGGCGCCCAAAUAGGAGGCAGGGCCAGCAGCCAGAAGAGACCACUCUCCUCCAUGGUCGCCGGACCCUCUGGGGCAGACGGAGGUUCCUCACUGCCCAGGGUGCACCCCGCAAAGGAUUAAACUAAGUUAUGAAUCA